AUGCCGAAGUUUUUGCAGGGUGAUCAAAUUGACUUAAGAACCUGGCAAGAAAUACCUGUGACCUGGUUCACGCUUUGUUUUGACUUCAAGCAGUUCCAAGAUCAGGAUCCGUAUUUUAUUUUCAAUCAAUCUCCUCAGCAUGAAUUAAAAGUGGGUCUUUCGAUACAAGUGGUAAGACCUAUCAUUCAGCAUCCAAGACCUGGCCGAUGGCUACUUCAAAUUCAAGUGCCACUUAUCUUAACACAACUCGGGCUAAUCGACUCCCAGCCUAGCUAGACCUGGUUCAAGCAAUUAAGCCAAAGCAACACUUAUUCCUUACCGGAUUCAAUUCUUUCGUCCACUUCUCUUUCUUUUCUUUCACUAUUCCCAUCAAGCCUUGGGUUCUCUUGAUGCUUUCAUUUCCCUCAACCUGAGUAAGCUGGUCCCUCAGUCAAACUUCUUCCAGUUCGCGUUGUUUACCCCGAGUGGAUCAAAGGGUUCCUUCGGAGCAAAUAAAUCUUGCGCUGCUUAAGGAGCUCCCCACAUUCGCACGGGCUGGGGACAUGAUGAGAGCUGCAAACAUGGCUCUGGAAUGUGUCCCUUACCACCCUAACUACUAGCUCUAGAUCAGGAUAGGAAAGAGCCCUCGGAUUUACAAGCAAUUGCUCUGGUAUGCUAAACCACCAAACGGAGAAUCCAAUCCAUAAGCAAGUUAGGAGAAAAAAUAGCAUAUCCCUUACAUACGAAUAAAUGAGUGCCUCCUCUAAGCUAAACUCUUUGAUUCUGGAGGUUUUUCGCUGUAAAAAAAAACCCCUGCCUUCGAUCUGGUGAUCUCAGUAAAUAUGAAUCUCUUCCUACUUCUCUUAUUCUGAACGGUAAUUGCUCCAUAUUCGCUGUAGGUGGAAGCCAAGGACCAAUGGAAUACAUUCUAUGUCGCUCGCCCUGCUUUCUAACCCAAAGUAAAGUGUACGCCGGGCAGGAAGUCGAAUGGUGCGGGUGGAUGUACUUAUAGUAUAACUGUCGUUGGAAGGGACUUCUCGUACUUCAGGCACUCCAGAGGUUAGUUUUUAAAAGAGUGAGAACAUGUCAAACAACAAAGAAAAUAAGGAAUGGAAGGUGGGUGCCCUCUAUAUUGGGGGUUGAUUCUAGCUAAAGCUAAAAUAUCUAAAACGAAUAGGUAAGGGAACUGCAUCUUUCACUAAUGUACCAACUGUCGUGAGUUGGGCGGAGGACCUGGGGCAGUCGCUACGGAAUAGACUUGAAACCGAGCGGGAACAUGGCUGGGAGUAGCUUUUAACAGUGCUGGUCUACCCCGAUUUACCCAUUGAGAGGGACUGAAAGCCUUGGUUUCGCCACCCCUAUUUCAUUAGUAGAGCUCUAUUGAGAAAGACCUUGGAAUUGGCCAAUCACCAAGGGCGAUGUUAGGUUAGCAUUCAGAACGAAUAGAACGAACUCGAGUUCAGUUCACCGGUACGGCACAGCCGGGGAGAGCGGAGAAAGGUAAAGCACAACUAGAAUGCUUUUUCAGAAAGAAUCCCACAUAAAUAAGCUUCCGAAAGAAGUAAUGCAAUUGGUUGACCCAACAAGGUAACGGAGAGGAAAGACCCCUACCGCUAACUUCUCUGUCCUAAUCUCCUGUGUCGAAGCUUUCAGGUCCUUAGAUCGGGUCAAGCUUGGCACUCCUCCAACUCUAACCUCUCUUUCCUACUGCACUGAAAGCCUUCUUUUCUUAACCAGCUAUUGAAUGAGUGAAGUAGCCAAUCCUAAGAAAAGAGUUGCUUUCCUUUUAGCCGUGUAACUUGGCCUAUUGGUCUACUGGUCUAUUAGUCCUUGUUCUCUUUUCGUUAUCCGCAUUGGAGCUAGAAAGGGCUACUUGUAGGACUUGUACCGAUCUGUAUUUAGCCAGCUCUUUUUUCCUCGCCCUAACGGAUCCUGAACUCUAAGGAAAACUCCCUUUCCAGAGAAGCACUCAUUUUCUUUCUAGAAGCUCUUUUUUUCUACCCUUCUAACUAGUGUCACUUGCUUGAUCACUUCGGUGAGGGGGUUAUGCCAGAGGGACUGCAAUCAAUUCACCGGGUAAUAAAAGUACCUUUACACCUACCCUUUUUUUUAGUAUGACUAGACCCAAUAGAUUGUAUCACUAUACCCAGAACUUGUUGUCUACCUAGGGAUAUGCCAUUUACGGGGGGAGCUAGUCAGAGAUUUGGACUUCUUAAGCCAAUCCUAGUACUGGUCUUACUUAUUACUGCUAUAAAUAUUCUAACGGGUAGAAUGAUUAGCUCUUAGACCUGUUCAAACUCUGUGACAGGUUAGGACAACUAUUGUUAUAAAUGAUAGGCCUUUCACUUCUUUGCUUGGUAGCUCCGUCUUUUAUAAUAUGCUAUAGAUUAUCAAUACAUCUUUCCUUUGCACUGAAAGCUGGCUAGCCUAAAAUCUCUACUUGAACUACUGAAAUGGGAUCUAGCCUUUGGGCUUAGUUCAGAGUUCUGCCUUCUAGGCUUCUUCCUUAAUCAGGAAAAGCCCUUUACGCUUUGAGCCGGGUAUGAAAAAAGUGAAUCCGGAUCCUUCGCCACCUUCUCUCCUUGGUUCUGAGAUUGUAAGGAUUUCUUCCCUCUUUCUCUUAAAAUUAAACCGGCAUACUGAAAUCGAUUGCACUAAGGGGCUUCGAUUUUGCUGAAAGAAGGACUUCGUUGAAAAAUAUAAAGAUAUUGGUUACAUCUCGCGUACUUGCCCAUAUUACUUAUAUGGGGUGACCCACUUCUACUUACGCGGAUUCCAAAGCCGCUCCCAUUCCUCAAAGCCCGGCAGCAGAGUCAACCCCUCCUUCGGUCGGUUCAUGAGCUGCCAAAAGCUAACUCUACGCUCGGUAGCUACCGGAUCUAAUGCACCAUUCUUCGGCCUAUUACGAACAGUUUCGAUGUCCCAGAUCGUCUUGUGUUUCAUCAAUCUUCGGCAGGAGUUUGAUGCGGGGAUUCCCAGCUGUAGUGGGCAUCGCUUGGAAAUCGAAAUAGUAAUGGUAUUGCCUACUCAUGUUACUGAUCAUUAUACGAACUAAUGCCUUUUCUGGGGGGGGACGAUCAGCUCAUAUCUAUUUAUUUAUAUAAUUUUAGAAUUAGAAUUGAUUCUUUCCCUCGGGGAACGAAGGCUAUAAGAGAAUCAGUAGCUUUGGAAAGGAAGUAAAGAUGAGCUCUCUUCUGACCCUAAGGGCUAACUGAACUCACUUGAAAGAGGGAGACAAAGAUGUGAACAUGAAGUUCAGAAGUUCCCCAGACGUGGGGACUAGGGACGGAGAUUCUUUGAAAGAAGACCGCUUUGCCAUGAAGUGCGGUUGAAAGAUCGGAUUAUAAUAAGCUUUUUCUUUUUUUUGCCAGAGAAAGAGAAGAACCUACGACUGUGGAAUGCUUCUUAUAUGUUCGUAAAAUAGGAACUCAAAGUAAAAACUAGACUUUGUCUUGCAAACUGACUUCAGCCAUAGUGAACAGGGGAAACUGCUCACUUUGAUAGCCCUACCCUAGUGUAUGCACUCAAGCAGAGUAGACGGCACGCGUCACCAAGCAUACCGCCCGAGGUUAAGGGUUCAUCAGCGAAUGGAGUUAGGCCCAUUUCCUAGCCUAGUUUUAAGCAGAACAGCACCAUCCUAGUCCAGAGCAGUACUUCUCUUAUGGGCUCGAGGCAAGACAAGCAGCCCGCUUCGCUUCCUCAAUUGCUCAAGGAACAAGAUGAAAUAAUGCUUAUGUGGAACGUCUUCUGGCGAGGCUUGGGGAUUAAACCAAUAUCUUUCUAUUUGAAGCAGUGUGCGGUAUGCCUUAAAUUCAACAAGCAUACGCUGGCCAGAAUAGUACUUAGAUUUCCGUCUCUGUUUAGUUUAGCUGACUCGCUCGGGAUAUCCUCACAUCAUUCCGGCAUUUCACCGUCAGAGGAUCCGAUCCUUAAAGGUUAUUCCAAAAGUGAUUUGCUUGUCCAGUGGUACUUGUCGCUUUUCUCCGAAGGCUAUUGAAUUAGCUAAACCACGUGGGUGGCGGUUGUCCAUGGAUGUCCCUUGGGCCUAUUCUUCAUCGGAUACGAGAGCAGGAAGAGCUUCUAUUCCAUCAACACCUGUUAUUCCAGCAACAGCUCUUACUGUAACAGAACUAGGACCAUCAACUCCAACUGUCCUUAUAGGCGAAAGCCACCUCCUUGACAGAUUACGGAGCUACCCAGCUUCUCUUCCAAGUAGUAGAAAAACCGCCUUUCACCCGCUUCUCUAAGGAAAAAGUCUAAUGUCAUGUUGAGAAUCUAAAGGAUUGAUCGAAAGGCAGUGAUUUCGACCUAGAGUGAAGCUUUGGCUUUCGGCGGCUAUUAGAUACGGAUUGACGAGUUGACCUAAACGAGUAAGAACAAUUGUUGGAACGAGAUUGA